AGAGAUGUGUGUGUAUAAAAGAAUUAGAGAUUAACAAAAAACAGACGAUUCUUUCAGGCAAACGUCAAGCGAAGACUAACCGGGAGUAGCGUUUAUUUCAGAAGUGGGAAUAGGAUCAUGGUCUGGCAUAAGGGACGAGACAACAUGGCUGCAGCUGCGGGCCGUUACUACGGAGAAGGCGGCAGAGCAACGAAAAGACAGAAAACUGAGGACGGAGGAAUGACAACGGAGGGUUACGAAGAUCCCCACAAACCGCUCCCCUCCCCGGUGGUGCACAUUCGCGGCCUGGUGGACGGUAUUAUGGAGUCGGAUCUGAUCGAAGCCUUACAGGAGUUUGGGGCAAUCAGUUAUGUGGUUAUGAUGCCCAAGAGACGUCAGGCCCUGGUGGAGUAUGAGGACUUAAAUGGGUCCUGCAACGCCGUCAAUUACGCAGCAGAGAAUCAAGUUUACAUUGCAGGCCACCCUGCCUUCAUCAACUACUCCACUAGCCAGAAGAUUUCUCGCCCAGGUGAUGGGGAUGACAACCGAAGUGUCAACGCUGUGCUUCUGCUCACUAUUAUCAACCCCAUCUAUCCAAUCACCACGGAUGUCCUGUAUACCAUUUGUAACAACUGUGGUCCAGUGCAGAGGAUCGUCAUCUUCAGGAAGAAUGGUGUUCAAGCCAUGGUCGAAUUUGAUUCCGUCCAAAGUGCCCAGAGAGCAAAAGCGUCCCUCAACGGGGCAGAUAUCUACUCUGGCUGCUGCACACUGAAGAUUGAAUAUGCCAAGCCACCUACUUUGAACGUCUUCAAGAAUGACCAGGACACCUGGGACUACACAAACCCAAAUUUGGGUGGUCAAGGUCUGGCUCAGUGUGUGUCAGUGGACAGACAACCCACCGUCACAUGUCCUGCUUUGUGGUGUGAGCACGAUGCUGAUGGUGAAGGCAAUUGGAACAAUUCACAAGAUCCGAAUGGUAACCCCAACAAACGUCAGCGGCAGCCAGCUCUUCUGGGAGACCACCCCCCUGACUAUGGUGGCCCUCAGGGAGGAUACCAUGGCUACAGUGAUGAUGGCGGCUAUGGCCCGCCUCCACACCGCAUGGGGCCGGGUAUGGCGGGCCGCGGGCGCGGCGGGCAGCGCUACGGCUCUGGGUACGGCCCACCCGGCCCUGACUAUGGACCUCACGCCGACUCGGCAGUUCUCAUGGUUUACGGACUUGACCCGGUGAAGAUCAACGCAGACAAAGUCUUCAACAUCUUCUGUCUCUAUGGAAACGUGGAAAAGGUGAAGUUCAUGAAGAGUAAACCUGGGGCCGCCAUGGUGGAGAUGGGCGACUGCUACUCAGUGGACCGAGCCAUCAGCCACCUCAACAACACCUUCCUUUUCGAUCAGAAGAUCAUCGUUUGCGUGUCCAAGCAGCAGGCCAUCGUUCCAGGCCAGUGCUACCAGCUGGAGGACAACACCAGCAGCUUCAAAGAUUUCCAUGGCUCUCGCAACAACCGCUUCACCACUCCCGAUCAGGCUGCCAAGAACAGAAUCCAGCACCCCAGCAACGUGCUGCACUUCUUCAACGCGCAGCCGGACAUUUCGACGGAAAUCUUCAACCAGAUCUGCGAUGAACUGGGAAUAAAGAACCCUGCCAAUGUGAAGCUUUUCCCUGGGAAGGGUGGGAGAAGUUCCUCUGGCCUCCUGGAGUGGGAAUCUGUCAACGACGCCAUGGAAGCCCUGGCGCUGAUGAACCAUCACCAGAUGAAGAACCCGAGUGGACCUUACCCGUUCACACUGAAGCUGUGUUUCUCCACCACUCACAACGCCAGCUAAAUUCUCUCCCAGUGUCUUGUGUCAUUGCAGUAACAAUUCUCUCUGUUUUCACAUUGUGUUUAAUCCCUUUGUUGAGAAUUUAUUGAUUCUAGCAUCGCUGUGCUGUAGAAGCCGUUUAAUUUUUUUUUUUCUAUGCUUCGUUGUUUUCCAGGAUUUUUGUAUGCUCACGACACUACCCAGUUGUUCCUGAAACUUUCAAAUUGCCCUGAGUUUUUAAAUAAAUUGGACUGGGAGUCCUUGUUUAUUUGUAUUGUCUUGAAGUUGGUAAGAAAGUAUUAGUAUCCAGAACCACUGACCUCUGCCAGACGACUCAAACAUACACCUGAAUAGCGUCAUGACUUUUUAAAUAAAGUGAACUGGUGAUCAAA